UCCAUCCGGAGCUGCUACGUCAUAAAAUACGUCGUAAUCUCGGAGAUGGAUUUGCAGAGGGAGUAAUGCAGACAUUACCGGACAUAGAGUACGAGGCGAUCAGCGUUUGCUGGGGCUUGCAGAGCGGAGAGUUUUCAUUGUGAUGGAAGACCAAGGGAGGGAAGAUGAGAGGAGCCUGUUCCACUGAGAACUUUGUUGUUUCCCCGGAUUUCCAGAUUUAGGCUCGGAGUCCGCACCCACUGCUGCCUGAACACGGUGUGUAUGUGUUGGGGAGGAGAGUGAGUGGGGCUGAGACCAGAGGCUGCACUGAUCGAUGUUUCCUCACUUGCAGGCGGCUUUAGCAUUGCGGGUCGAGCGAAGUUGUCGACAAGGGCGAGACUUAUGCCGAUCCAAACCACCAAGGUGGCAGAUGAAGGCACUGCGAACUCAGCGAGGGAGAGGGACGAGUGCAGAGCCCUGGUAGACUCGCUGAACAAAGUGACGGGAUGCUACAGGCACCUGGCCAUGGGGCUAGGGGGCUCGGCGGACUGCAGCAACCUGAGGGAUGAGCUCAGGAGGACGAGGGAGAAGACCCAGGACCUGGCCGGACUCAUCCGUAACAAACUGACGGCGGUGCUCCGGGACAAGAAGCUGAGCAAGGAGGAGCGAACCGAGAUGGAGCGACUCUGGGUCAUCUUCUCCUCCAACCUGGAGACCUUUCAGAUGGAUAUGUGUAAAGUGUUAGAGCUGGGCCAGAGCUUCCCCCUCUCGGGAACAGAGAAGCCCUUGAUCCAAACCGGGAUGUCUGGAGGAACCUCGGAGGUGGCAGCCCGGGCUCUGAGUGUCCAGAACAUAGUCCACGACCCGGCACUGAACGUGGAGAGGCUGGAGCUGGAAGAGCUGGAGGAGCAGAUCGAGAAGGUGGACAAAAUGAUGGAGAACAUGGAGAUGAAAGUCAACGUCCUGAGGUGGACGGUUGAAGCCAAAGGAGACACGUACCAUUCCGUGCUCAGCACCGACGCCUCCAUGAUGGCCCUGCUGUCGGAGGAGGAGGAGAUGCGGCGCAACAACCGGUGUUGUGACCGCGAGAAAUGUCUUAUGUCCGUGCUGUUCUGCAUGGUGGCUCUGAUAGCCGUGGUAUUGUCAGUCUGUGUUGCGAACCUUUCAUGACCGAUGCCCCCACCGACAUCCGCAGAAUUUAGCGGGGCUGAUUGACUUUGCAUUUCCCUGUGCACACAUGAAGGAGAAGCAGACCCCGAAUUCUUUUUCGAAGCCCUGCAUAGACAUGGCAAGCAUUUUUUUUGUGGGGGAAACGUUUUCUUAGUCUGUAUGCCAAACAAAAGCAAAACUGAGUUGAGUAGGGCUUUAGCAGCUGUGAUUGGCUCUCGUUUUGUACAACGUCUGAAAGUAAUGUGAUUACAUUUCAUUGACAGCUGAGCUCAAUUAAAAAUCAUAAAAGCAAUACUGACGUUCUAUACCAACAAACAACUAUUUAUAAUGCCACAGGGAAAAAGAGUAAAACUCAGAAAAAGAAGAGUCAGAGAUGACCACAUGAUUAUGAAGAACAGAAGAGAAUUAGAAGCAUAAUGAGACAUUUUCCAGAGGUCAAAGUUGGAGGAGAACUGGAACAAAACAAGCUUUUCUCUCAGGAAGUGAAUGGAAUUAAGAGAAGUUGUUCAAAAAGAGGGAAGUGAAAAAUAAUAUAGGAGGGUGACAAUGUUGAGCUGGUGUAAAACAAAGAAGCAGAUGAACUGGAGAACAUUCAGGAGACAGAGGAUCAAGAAGAAAUUAUGGCUGUAUGGAGUAAAAUGAAAUCAAAUGGGCCAAAGAAUAUGAUAUCGUUCAAAUUGUAGAAGGUAUCAAAAUUAUCAUGGAUAAUGAAUAGGAACUGUGUGGGCCAGGGGCACAGAAUGAAUCUUAGAUCAGAGGAAAUAACAUUUAUGGUCAGGAGCAUGCAGAAAUGAGUCUAAAGCUGCAUUCAUUAAAAAUUUUAAUAAGUUAAUUACAGUAUUUUGCACGACAAGAAUAACUUUAUAUAGCAUAAUCUAACAAUACUUCAUGGAAAUAAUAUCAACGAGCUGAGGAAUUGGUUUGAUACGUGUGAAAGUCAACCACCCAGAUUUACAAAUGGAGAUGUGGGCCAAUACAACUGCACAAGGAAAGAUGACUGAAAAGACACAACCUCUGAAUUGUUGAAAGAAAAAUUACAAUACAAAAUGAAGGUGACAAAGAUGAGGAUUUCUUACAACUAAUAAAGAAUUUUGCAGGUGUACAUGCUGUUGUAAUGUAGGGAGAUGGAGAAACGAAUUUACACACAAUGAUAAAAUGAUACUUACAAUGUUACUUAAGGAUUAAGGCUAACCAGAACACCAGGAGAACUCAUUGCUUAUUUUCUCAAACAGUGGCUCUGGACCAUUUUUGUCGAUCUGAGGAUACAAAUGGUGCCCUGAUUUAAUGUUUUAUUCUAAAAAUAAUAUCUCAGACAGUGCAUUGCAUCAUUCCUUCAUUACUGCAUUGAAUAAUGUGCUGAAGGCCAUGGAAAGGGACUUGACUGCUAACACAGAACACAGGACAGUAAAAUAGACAACUAUUGCAGACCAAA